CGUUACCUGUGAUCCGAAUAACAUUAAACAUGUUUAAGAUAGUAAUUUUGUUCGCAUUCGCGGCUUUGGUUGUAGCAGAUAAAAAUGCAGAAAUACUUCGACAAGGUUCAGAUGUUCAACCUGAAGGAUACUCUUAUAACUACGAAACUUCUAACGGAAUCGCUGCCCAGGAGCAAGGUGGUCUGAGUGGAGAAGCUAUUGCAGCCCAAGGAUCAUACCAAUUCACAGCUCCUGAUGGAACUCCCAUACAAUUAUCGUAUAUAGCCAACGAAGGAGGUUUCCAGCCACAAGGAGCGCAUAUACCGACACCUCCACCAAUUCCAGAUCAGAUUUUAAGGGCUUUGGAAUAUAUCCGUACGCACCCACCAAAAGAAGAACCUCAACAGAAAAGAUUUUCCUAA